GCCUACCUACUAUCAUUACAAGCCGAAGCAGGGCAUGACCCGUCGUCCCAUCUCGCCAACCGAUUGCUUCACUUCACAUGCGCUUCCCAUUUGUGAACCAACAUUCCAUGACCUCCGGCUGUGAGCCUUGAACGCCGCGAGCCGUGUGCGUUGCUCACUAGGACGCCGCCCCAUCCGCGACCUCGAUCCUAAUCUCGAUCCCGAACCACACUCCGACGGCAACAAUGCGCUUGCCCGCCCCCGCCUCCGCAGCCGGUCUGUGGCCUAUAGAAUACUUACCUGACGUCCAGGUCAAUAUUCCGUCCGCCGACGGAGGCGAUCAUGGCAAUGACGACGAACUCCAAAACUGGUCCUCGCUGAUCGGCAUCAUCACCGCCAUCUGCGGCAACAUCCUAAUAGCUCUCGCGCUCAACGUCCAGCGAUAUGCUCACAUUCGGUUGAAUGAACACCGGGCCGAGGUACGACGGCGUGCAAAGCAGGCGCUCAGGGAGGCUAGGGCCAAGGCGAAUGGGACAAGUUCUGGAAGCGGAGGUAUAUACGGAACUACAGCCCCCGUAUCCGAUGGGAGUCUCUCGAGGAAGGACACUACUCGCCAUCCCAAUAGCGACCUGGCCAUUGAUGCCCACGAAACCGAGCCCUUUUUAACACGGUCCUCCGAUUCCACGGACUCGGGUUGGUCCGAGUCUUCGACUCCCACUGGAGGGGAGGUCAAGGUCGCAACUACAUAUCUGAAGGAUCCAUACUGGUGGCUAGGCCAAGCCUUGAUCACAGUGGGCGAGACGGGCAACUUCCUGGCAUAUGGCUUUGCUCCGGCUUCCGUCGUCAGUCCACUCGGUGUUGUAGCUUUGGUGUCCAACUGCAUCAUUGCGCCCAUCUUUUUCAAAGAGGUCUUCCGUCAGCGAGACUUCUUCGGUGUGCUUAUUGCCGUGGCCGGUGCCGUGGUAGUGGUCUUGAGUGCCGAGUCGCAAGAGACCAAGAUGGGGCCUCAUGAAGUAUGGGAUGCGAUUACGACCAUGGAAUUCGAGAUCUACAUGGGCCUUAGCUGUUCCUUGAUUGUUCUCCUUAUGUGGGCGAGCCCCAGGUACGGCAACCGGACCAUCCUGAUAGAUCUGGGCUUGGUCGGUCUAUUUGGCGGAUAUACUGCCCUCUCUACCAAAGGUGUCUCAUCUAUGCUCUCCUCUACUCUUCUCGGCGCUUUCACGACACCUAUUACAUACGUUCUGGUCUUUGUCUUGCUCUUCACCGCAGUCAUGCAAGUCCACUACGUAAACAAGGCACUCCGGCGUUUCGAUUCUACCCAGGUUAUCCCCGUCCAGUUCGUUCUGUUUACACUAUCUGUAAUCAUUGGCAGUGCCGUCCUCUACCGAGACUUUGAGAGGACAACCAGCAAACAAGCGCUCAAGUUUAUCGGCGGCUGCAUAUUGACUUUCUUCGGCGUAUUCCUCAUCACCAGCGGCAGGCCGCAUCAUGAUGAGGAAGAGGAGGAGGAGGAAGGGCUUCUCUCCGACGCAGAGGGCGUCGACGAAACCAUUGGCCUUGCAGAACACGGCCCAACGCUAGGAGCAGCAGCGGCAGUCGUCGCCGCGACCUCCUCAUCACCACAUACGCCCCGCCAGCCCUCUCACAGACGUAGCGAUUCCGCGAGAUCCCGGCGGUCGUCGCGUGUCAGUUUCAAAGAAGCCGCAGUUAGACCCCUAUCAGCAGUAGAGGAGGCGGAGGAUGCUGGCUAUCCUUCGCGCACUCACACCAGAUCCAAGUCUCGAAACACUCUCGUUGAAGAAUCAGACGACAACGACAACGAAGACGCCCCGUUGCUCGAUAACCCCUGGAGGGCGGCAGUGUCCCAAGGAAGAAAUAGAAGCGAAGAAUACGUCCCCGAAAUCGACGCCCAUUACCAACACCCAAGUAUUGGCCCACACACCAUCUCCUCAGACACCAUCCGCUCCAUCCCCGUCUCCUCCGACGAGGUCGCCACCGAUCUCCUCCUCUCAACCACACCCCGGCCCAACAUCACCAUCACGCGCAACUCCUCCCCAGCUACCGGCUCAGGGACAGGCUCAGCCCGGACACCCCCCUCAGCCUCGCGGCCAGUUACCCCCCGCGCCGUCUCCUCCUCCACCCUAUCACAAUCACACCGCGCCUCCAACGCCCACACCCACCAUUACGGCAGCCAUCACCACCAUAAUGCUGGCGGUAACCCCCCCAUGAUCUCCCCUUCCCCCUUCUCUUCCACCCUCGGCGCCGUGGUAGCGGACAGAUUACUCCCCCACCUCGGCAUGGCGGCCGAAAAUGACUCGCCUACGCAGAGAAGGAUAGCAGGUCGGAGAAGCAGACCGGGAUUGAGAAACAGUUUGUUCGUGCCUGCAGACAAUGAUGAAGGGUACUACGAUCUGGAAAACGGUAGGGGGCGUGGGCAGGGAAGUGCCUGGGCGGCGGUGGGGAGUACGAGUACUUUUGGUCCGUUGUUGGAUCUUACCGGACUAGGCAGUAAAGGUCAAGGUCAAGGUCAUGAGGACCAAGGGAUAAGAGGGCGAGCGAGGAGUUUGAGCGGGACGUUGGCGGAGUUGUUGAGUGGUCGGUUGAGGAUGGGCGGUGGUGGUGGUGGUUCGUCGCAGGUAAGCGCGAACGUUGCCAAUACGAGUAGUAACAACGGGUCAGAUACCACGAUACGGGGGCCCAGUGCUAGUAGUAGGAACAGGAUGGGGAUGAGGAGGAGAGGGACGGAUCCGAACUUUAGGGUUAUUGGGAAUGGGAAUAGGAAUGGGAAUGGAGGAGAGAAUGGGGUAAGGGUAACUGAAGAUGGAGAGGAUGAGGAAGGGCAGGGAAGUCGGUUGGAGACGACGAGGAGUGCUGCUGUAUAAAUAACCUGGGGGGGAAGGGUGGAAAGUUUGAUGUUUCGGUAGCGUAUCUAGAAAGCAUGCGAGCGAGCAUAGCGAGAAAAAGCAAGCAAGCAAGCAAGCAAGCAAGCAGGCAGGCAGGCAGGCGUUCUGUUAUGUAAUAAGCAUGUAGAAGGCGUACAAUAUCAUUGAGCGUUGUCUUGGUUAAUGAAC